AUGGUCCUAGCAGCAAAGGCUUAUACGGUGUUUGAGUUCGGACAACUAUUUGGCGAGUUGCGAAGCGUUAACCCGGCAUGUGCCGAGUACUUAACGGAGUUGGGGCUACCUCACUGGACGAGAGCAUACUCUGUCAGGCAACGGUACAAUGUCAUGACAACCAAUGUCACCGAGUCGCUGAACAAGGUACUGAAAGAAUGUAGGGAAUUUCCCCUAAUUUCCAUGCUUGAAGCGAUACGGAUGAGCCUCAUGGGCUGGUUUGUAAGGAGAAGGGCUAAACACGCUGCUGAGAUACAUCCCCUGACAAGUAAAGUGCGAGAUAUCAUGGACGAAAUCUUUUUAGAAUGCACCAAAAUGAAGGUGAUUGUGGUAAACCAGAAUGAGUUUGAAGUUUACGACCCCAGUGGAGUUAGGUUUGAAGUGAAUCUGCAGUCCAAAAUAUGCAGCUGCCAUGCAAUGGCUGCCAGCUCGUACGGUCAGAUUGAUAACAAUACCCUUGUCGGAGAAGUAUACACCACAUGUUUUAUGAGAUCGCUGUACGAGGGGGUUUUCCAUCCAGUACCAACACCUGUAAGUACUGGUGAGUCUGAACUGCUUCCUCCAAUAAUGCGCCGACCACCUGGACGUCCAAGAAAAACCAGGAUCCCAUCUCGUGGCGAAUUCAAGAGACGUUCGAAAAAGAAAGCGGUCAGACUUUGCACAAGGUGUCUAGGUCGUGGUCACAACAGGGCAUCCUGCAAACUUCCGGUGAAGGAUAAAUGA